AUGGCGCGAAAUAUCAAUAGUGAGUUGACUCAGAUGAAGAGGCAUUCUGAGAUCCUCAGGAACCUUGCUGACGAUCUGGAUCUCUCAGCCGGCGAGAAACGACCUACAACACCGACACCUGCAAACCGGGAACGAACUGACGACGAGAUGGAAGCUGGCGAAGCUUUGCUCCUGCUUUACAGAGAUUAUGUCGAGCGCCACGGUGAACAAAAACAGCAUCGGAACCCCCACCGCCAGGCACAAGGCAAAAACCAUGGGCAGACAAUGAAUGGUGAUCAACGUCCUCGUCAGAAUAAAUCAGUAGCCCAGACAGGUGGUAGACCACAGGCGUCUCAAUUCAUCCCACAGCAAAAUCCAGAUGCUGGUACGGCGGCAAUGCCAGUAUAUCCGAUACGGAACGCCAAUGGACUUCCGUACAUGCACCCUGGAGCCAGACAUACGCCAGUUGCCUUAACGGGACAGGAGGCGCUACAGGCGUAUCUGAUCCGGCAGCAAAUACUUGCGGGUGUGGCUCCUGAAAACCUGAUCAUGAUGAGGGGGCCACAACAGCACAGACAGCAACUUCCUGCUCCUCCGCUGUUGCAGAUUACUAACCAGGGCGUCUUUGCCCCUGCCAUACCACCUGCGGCCUUCAACGGCGUGUUUCAUCCAUAUCCAGUAAUGGCUUUCCAGCCAAACGCACCUGGAGCCCCGGGUCUUGCUGGUGUAACUGGCCCCCAAGUUCGUUUUGCUGUACCUAGUGCCCCGAUUCAAGGUGUUGCAGCUCAGAAUGCCUCAGUCCAAUAUGUUGCAGGCGGCGGCUCAGCCCCGGUGCAUCAGUGCGGUUUUUCUCACAACAGAUCCAUGAUGCCCCAGGCAAUCGCCCAAACUCGUCUGAGACUUUUGCAGAAUGGAAAUCCCCCCGCUGCAGCAGGGAUAGCUGAACUUAGCACAAAUCUGCCGUCUCAGAAUAGAGCAACGGUACCAGCAGGCACUUGGGCCAAUGGGGUGCAAGCCCUGGUCACAUCUCAAACACCGACCCGAAGAUUGAUUGAAGGCAAUGCGAAUGUUCCGGGAACUGAACAGAAACAGAAGGCUGGGCUAACCCGUGCGAAGAUUCCUGGUUCUCGUUUUCAGCCGCGCGAAACACUCCGAAUCAAAGCAGAAUCUUCGGCCGCUACGGAUGCCACAACUAAGCAAGCCAAUCUUACUGGAAUCCGAAGGGCUGCGAUUGGUCAGAAUAGCAAGAGACGCCGGGUUCCUCAGUCAAAACCCGCACCUCAACCUGGAAACGAGAGGUUGAGGCUAUCUUCCUCUAGUGGCUCGGAUAUCAGACCAGUCUCGCUCAACUCGGCUGAUGCAGACCGAAGUUUGAUGAGCAACGUGCAACAAAAGCGCAACAGAGGCAAAAGUGGCGACCGGCACCAUUUCAGCAUACUGAAGUCGCUCGUUGGCCACCCCGCUUCGGCUUUCAUGAUCAUCGAUUGUCUUGAAGUCCAGGAUGUGAUAAACCUACACCUUACCUUCAAGCGCUUCUUUUAUUUGGUGCAGAACAAUCUUGCGAUAAUCAUUAUGCGCAAGGCGGCACAGAACGCAUUCGAAGCAAUGCGCAUAUUCCCCUUCGCUUGCUACUACAAGCUCUGCGAUGAAGCUUUGGCCCCGCCUGGUUUGAGACUAGAUAACGGAAAGUACCUGGUUCCCUCGUUCCGAUGGUUGCAAAUGAUCCUGUAUCGCGAUAUGGUCAUCAAUGAUAUCAUGAACCUGAUGAUUGACCUGGGAUGGGACUUGCCCGAGCCUUGUGAGCUAGUCCUCAAGAAGCUAUGGUUUCUGAUGGACAUUCCGGAUAAUAGACGACGCCUCUGGACAAUCCAGAACCGUUCCCUGUGGCCCGACACCGACCUGUUUCUUGCAGCUUAUUUCAUCUCGCAGCUUGAUCUACUUUUUAUGAGCCAUCACGCCAAGAAGAAGAAUGGCUGCAUGAGACGCCUUCUCAUGGCCCAGCCCGGCUUAACUCUGUUGUGGGAGGUACUCAAGGGCACCGCUUUGAACACGCAUUAUGAGACGCUAAAGGCGUACGUGCGCUGGCAAUUUAAGCCCGAAGAGUGUCAGACAGGCCAGUGGUUGUUUGGCGUACCACCCAAUGAGAUUGGAUCCCUCCAGUGGGAAGGAUACGGUCGAAAGGCAAGAACCGUCAAGUUCAAGCGCCCAGAUCACUUGAUUCUGAAAGAGAUCGAGAAUCGCAAGCUAGGUGUGCAGAGUAUGUAUGUGGACAUCAUCUUAUGCGAGAAGAUCGAGCCUAGCCAUGAAACAUGUACUUGGCCUGACGAGAUCAUGAAGGAAGCUGGUAACUCGCCCUGGUUGCAGACUGUCACUUUGCAGUGGUAA